GCUGCUUAUAUAUAUACAUACAGGAGAGAGUGCGUAUGAAUCUUCUUGUACACAUUAUCUGAGAGUGAGAGCUUACAUUAUCACUCUCUUUCUUUGUUUCCAUUUUGAGAAUUUGGGAUCAAACUGUAAGAAAAAAUGGAGUUGUUUUACUAUAUGGUGUUUGGGGCUUUGGGGACAGUGGUGGCAGCAUUGGAGCUGAGCAAAAGUAACAAGGAUAGGGUUAAUACUUCUGCAGCUUUCAAUUCCUUCAAGAAUAAUUACCUUCUCGUUUACUCCCUCAUGAUGGCUGGUGACUGGUUGCAGGGCCCUUAUGUUUACUACCUUUACACAACUUACGGUUUUGGGAAGGGAGAAAUUGGGCAGCUCUUUAUUGCAGGAUUUGGAUCUUCCAUGCUGUUUGGAACCAUUGUUGGAUCUCUAGCAGAUAAACAGGGGCGGAAGAGAGCAUGUGUGACAUACUGCAUCACGUAUAUACUGAGCUGCAUCACCAAGCAUUCUCCUCAGUAUAAAGUUCUAAUGGUAGGACGUAUUUUGGACUUGCUUACUCAGUUCAAGGGUGCAGCUGUAACAAUUGCUUCAGAUGAGAAGAUUGCUUUGCUGGGUGCAAUUCAGUCUCUCUUUGAAGGUUCAAUGUACACAUUUGUAUUUCUCUGGACACCCGCACUGAGUCCAAAUGAUGAAGAGAUUCCUCAUGGCUUUAUUUUUGCAACUUUCAUGUUGGCUUCGAUGUUGGGAAGCUCUAUUGCAUCUCGUCUAUUGGCCCGCAACUCAACUAGAGUAGAGAGCUACAUGCAAAUUAUUUUCGUUAUUUCUUCUGCCUCCCUUCUGCUUCCCAUAUUGACAAAUUUCUUGGUAACUCCUUCAAAGGUGAAAGGGGGCGGCAUCACUUUUGCAGGUUGUCUCCAAGUUCUUGGCUUCUGUACUUUUGAGGCUUGUGUAGGGAUUUUCUGGCCAUCCAUUAUGAAGAUGAGAUCCCAAUACAUCCCUGAAGAGGCUCGAAGUACCAUCAUGAACUUCUUCCGCAUCCCCUUGAACAUCUUUGUUUGCAUCGUUCUAUAUAACGUCAAUGCAUUCCCCAUCACGUUCAUGUUUGGAAUGUGCUCGAUUUUCCUCUUUGUUGCAUCCAUUUUGCAGAGACGGCUUGCAGCAAUUGGAGAUAAGCCAAAGACAGAAGAUUGGGCCAUGCUGAAGGAAAGAGAUGCCGAGGAUGAGCCAUUGAAUGCUCCUUGAUCCCAACAGUUUGGACUACAAAAACAAUUUUGGAGGUCUUUAAAUGACCACCUUUUUUAUAGCUAUAAUCUUCCAUCCCGAUUUCAUAUCAGGUAAAUUCAAUUCGAUAGUGACCAUUCAAAAAAAAUUGCAAAAAUUUGGUUGGCGACGGAGCAAUGAAGAAAAUAGGGUCGAAAGAAUGCUGCUAGAGUUGUUUUUUGUCUGUGAUUUUGUUAGAUGGAAAUAUAUUACCAUCUCAUAUGCAGGCCUUUGCUCUUAGAAUUAUCUGUUUUUGUAAUUUUAGUAUUACUCUUUUGCCAUAAUAGUGAAAUGUCACGUAUGAUUCUUUCAAUUUAUCAUCGUACAUUUAUCUGUUCCUACC